CUUAUGGCGAUCAUUCGGCUUACAAAGACGUAUGGGUUCAGUUCAGUUUGACGUAUUUGGUAGACAGUUGGAAAUUCAACACAUAUGCUUUGCACAAGUGAACUUUUGACGGUUCAUGUCAUUCCUUUCCCGGUUGGAACAUUCAAGUGAUCUAUACAUUUAGUAGUAAAGUUCAAAGAUGACAAGUGCAAGUCUUUUAUCGCGCUCUCUAUUAAUAGAAGCUCCUCGCUCCAGAUAUCGCACGUUGUUGGCCCUGAUUGUGGGCCUGGUGGUGGGCUACUGCAUGUCCCAAAUCUUCUCAAGCGUUGUGCCGAACGAGAGCCUGUAUCCAUAUCUUAGUCGUCGCUUGCGUCCGCAAAGCCAGUUAUUGUUGGGGCCGGAUCACAAUCCCUUCCAGCACGACCAUCCCGAUGACAACACCUCCGUGGCCGAUCAGCUGAAAAAGGAGGUCCGCAUCCUUUGCUGGGUCAUGACCAAUCCCACCAACCACAAGAAGAAGGCCCGCCACGUGAAGAGGACGUGGGGCAAGCGCUGCAACAUCCUGCUCUUCAUGAGCUCUGGCCCGGAUGAGGAGCUGCCCACGGUGCAGCUGGAUGUGGGCGAGGGCCGUGAGAAUCUGUGGGCCAAGGUCAAGGAAGCCUUCAAGUAUGUGUAUAAGCACCACUAUAACGACGCCGACUUCUUCUACAAGGCGGAUGAUGACACGUAUGCGGUGAUCGAGAAUAUGCGGUAUAUGCUCUAUCCGUACAGUCCCGAAACACCCGUUCACUUCGGCUUCAAGUUCAAGCCGUUCGUGAAGCAGGGCUACAUGUCCGGCGGAGCGGGUUACGUACUCAGUCGCGAGGCACUGCGUCGGUUUGUGGUCGAGGGCAUUCCGAAUCCGAAGAUGUGCCUGCCGGGCACAGUGGUCAACGAGGACAUCGAAAUCGGGCGCUGCAUGGAGCACCUGAAUGUUACGGCCGGGGAUUCCAGGGACGAGAUUGGGCGCGGUCGCAUGUUUCCAUUUGUCCCGGAACAUCAUUUAAUUCCAGCGAAAUGGGACAAGAACUUUUGGUACUGGAACUACCUCUUCUACAAGACGGAUGACGGUCUCGAUUGCUGCUCGGAUUUGGCCAUCUCCUUUCACUAUGUUGCCCCAAAUAUGAUGUACGUGCUGGACUACCUGAUCUACCAUUUGAAGCCGUAUGGUAUGAUGCGAUCGCUAGAACCUCUUCCUGCCAAACUAGCAGUGGGCCAGUUGCUUCCCGCUCCUGUUGAACGUCCUUUGGGCAGUAAUGAGGAUUCCGCGGAUGACAUGGACAGGUUAUUCCCCACCACAACUGAGAAGCCGAAGGAACCCGAAGCCAAGGAAGUGGAAUCCAAGGAGAUUGAAAGAGAAGAGGAAAAGCAGUCAAAUGAAACUGAAGCAGCGGAUGAUUCCAGAACAACUGACGAUGAUUCUGAGCAUACGGAUGAGGAAACGAAUAAGGAUUCAAAAUCCAAGAAAACUUCGAGGCGACAUUAGAACUGUUUUCAUUUUUCCUAUAGCAUAGUGUUUUAAUAAUCAUUUAAAGUUGCCUUAAAUUAUGAAGCUUUCGCAUUGUAUUUGCUAUAAUAAUAAUGUCCUAGCUACUUAAAUCAUUAUAGUCAAAUAGUUUAAUAAACAUUCUAAAGUAUGUUCAAUAAAUGUAA